AGAACGGAGGCGCAUCGGGUAGUCUCGCCAUGCCAGUGAGGUAAACAGUCCCUCCCGGUCGAGACUGAAAACCUACUCUCAAUUAUUAUUAUCCAGAUCUUGGAGAGUGACAUGCAGUAAAUCUUAUGAUAUUUUGUUAGGGAUUCAUCAACAUUCAAGAUGUCUAUAUCAGCGAUAUACAUACUUGAUGUCAAGGGGAAGGUGUUGAUAUCCCGGAACUAUCGCGGGGAUAUUGACAUGGGCGUGAUAGAGAAGUUCAUGCCUCUGGUCAUGGAAAGGGAGGACGAUGGCAACAUGGCACCCAUUGUUCAGACUCAUGAGGCUACAUUCUGCUUCGUCAAAGUGAGCAACUUGUAUGUCGUCUCUGCAACGAGAAUAAAUGCAAAUGUGACUCUGGUUUUUGCCUUUCUUCACAAGCUGGUGUCUGUUGCUCAGGAUUAUUUUAAGGAGCUGGAAGAAGAAAGUAUCCGGGACAAUUUUGUUAUUAUAUACGAGUUGCUGGACGAAUUGCUUGACUUUGGCUACCCUCAGACCACUGAUGUCAAGAUUCUGCAAGAGUACAUCACUCAAGAGGGUCACAAGUUAGAGAUUGCUCCUCGACCACCAAUUGCCGUAACCAAUGCUGUCUCGUGGCGGUCAGAAGGAAUUAAGUAUCGCAAAAACGAGGUAUUUCUGGAUGUUAUUGAAGGUGUCAAUCUCUUGGCGAAUUCUAAUGGCAAUGUGCUACGUAGUGAGAUUGUAGGCAGUAUCAAGAUGCGAGUAUAUCUAUCUGGAAUGCCUGAACUACGUCUCGGGCUUAAUGACAAGGUUCUGUUUGAGUCUACUGGCAGGGGCAAGAGCAAGAGUGUGGAGCUAGAAGAUGUCAAAUUUCACCAGUGUGUCAGGCUGUCUAGGUUUGAGAACGACCGCACUAUUUCAUUUAUUCCCCCUGAUGGGGAGUUUGAACUCAUGUCAUAUCGGCUGAACACACACGUGAAGCCCUUGAUCUGGAUAGAAUCGGUGAUUGAAAGGCAUGCACACAGCCGAGUGGAGUACAUGGUCAAAGCCAAAUCCCAGUUUAAGAGGAGGUCAACAGCCAACAAUGUGGAGAUCAUAAUUCCAGUCCCCAAUGAUGCAGAUUCCCCAAAAUUCAAGACUUCAGUAGGAUCAGUAAAGUACACCCCAGAGAAGAACUGUAUUGUGUGGACCAUCAAGUCUUUCCCGGGUGGGAAGGAGUACCUAAUGAGGGCACACUUUGGACUUCCAAGUGUUGAGUGUGAGGACUCUGAGGGAAAACCCCCCAUCCAAGUGCGCUUUGAGAUCCCGUACUUCACUACCUCAGGGAUUCAGGUGAGGUACCUGAAAAUUAUCGAGAAGUCAGGCUAUCAAGCUUUACCUUGGGUGCGAUACAUCACCCAGAAUGGAGAUUACCAGUUAAGGACACACUAGAGAAAAGCAUUGCACUAGCAAGCCUUUGUUCCUUGAGGUAACGGAGUGUAUUAAGCCUUUGUGUAUUGAAGGGUUGCUGCUGAACAAAGAAUAAGCUUGUUGGAAAGGUUAUUGGGAGAAAAGUCUGGGGGCCAUAUAGUGACCAUAAAUGCUGUCUUUUUUGUUCUUCAAAAGUGUAAUGAUGAUGAGAAAUUCUAUUAUUGAGAUGUCAGCCGCAUUGGGCUUUUUUCUUAUAAUGAAUAAAAACGUUUUUGUUAUUAAAAUGUUUAUCUAAUAUUUAUCAAAUCAUAAGAUGAAUAAUUUGUUUACAGUAAGAAUUAAAAAAAGGAAAAAAAAAUUCAAUCCAGAACUUCAGUGAUUUGUAUUUGGAAUCUGCCAUUCAGUCAAUUGAUAUUCAGAUAUGACUUUGCUCUGUAAUUUUCCCAAUUGAUGCAAAGAAUAUUUUCAGCAGAUGUACGUGGAGUUAUAAGAUUUGUUUUAAUUACAUUCCAUAUCUUUCAGCCUUUACCAGUGUCAGGAGGACAAAUAUCUAGAACAUUUUAUAUUCUGAAGUGUGCAUAAGAACCAGAUUUUGCAGUCGUGUUUGGUUAGCUUUAAGGAAAUUUUCACAAUUGGCUUCAUUCACAAAGGGUUAGACAGAUUGAAGUUUCGUAAGUUAUAAUUAUUGUAGUUUUCUCUUCAUUGAUUACUAACAUGAGAGUGGGUCUUGCUUCAUUUUAAAAGUUAUUUUGAAAGCUUUAGAAUUUGUAUGAAACUUUAUAUGACAGAUACUUCAGCGAAUGAUAAUGUUUGAAGUUAGUUUGUGUAUAGUCUGUGUUAAGAAUGUAUUUCAUAAUUAUAUAUAGGUUGACUGUAAAGACUGAAAUUCACUUGAAAAAUAUGAUCAUAUAGUCAAAAAUAACAUUUCCUA